AUGUCCCUUCCAUUCCUGACGGCUGAACACACUCGGGCAGCGGUUGAAACAUUAAAGGACAUCGCGACCGAAUCCGGCCACGAAGCACUCCAGACCUUCAUGUCAUACGUGAAGGUCGACUGGUUCGAGAGACAAGUCCGGCGACUCGAAAAUCGGUCAGCUUUCAAAGAAACGGUCAGAACAAAUAAUGAGUUAGAAGGAUGGCAUAGGCGAAUAAAUGGGAAAAUUGGCGCCCCACUUUACGUUCUGAUUCCUCUACUCCAUUCAGAAGCAGGGACCGUCGAUGUCAAGGUCAAACUGUUAUCAGAGCAAAGCCUUACCCGCUACCAACGUGCGACAUACAAGACUGCCCAUGGCCGACUCCACAAGUCAUGGGAAGACUACGAAGAUGGAGACAUGACAAAAAGCAAACUUUUAAGAGAAGUCAGCUUUAUUGCAGGGUUUGCGCCUAUCACUGAGCGACAGACCGCACCCAUUGUAGAUUAA